CAUCGCCGCCUACCUGCGCCUGGGCCGCCGGUGACCCGGGCCAGGUUCGCCGGGUGGGCUAAGGUUGCGGAGAAGGCGGAAGGUGGCGCGGCGGCGCGGCGGGAGGGCGCCGACUCCCGGAGGCCGCCGUCGGGGCGAGGUGAGGGCUGGCGGGCGGAGGCGGGCGCUGCAGUCCGUUAGUCAAGAGCUGGCGGGGUCGGGUGUGGCGCAGGGCGGGCCUGGAGGUGGAGGGCCGUCCCUCCCCCCCGGGCCCGCCCAGCCAUCAGGCCCGGCUUAGCUCUCCAGGGCUUCGUCUGGCGUCCCGAAGUCUUCUGCCCACCCUUUUCUGCCGCCGGCUGCUCUCCUGACUCCAGGACGAUCCGAGGUGCGCGCCUGCCAGGAACCCUCAGCGGCCGACGCGGGUAGAGCGCUGCCCCCAGUGGGAGGAGACGGGGUGUGUCCAGAUGAUAGAGGGGAUGAUUGUUUCCUUAAUUAUCCACGAAACUCAGGUGUCCUCAUGACUUCUCUUGUGGACCAUGUCCAUGAUCCUUUUUGCCUGUGUGGUUAGGGUGAGGGAUGGACUGCCCCUCUCGGCCUCCACUGACUUUUACCACACCCAAGAUUUUCUGGAAUGCAGGAGACGGCUCAAGACUUUAGCCUUGCGACUGGCCCAGUAUCCAGGUCGAGGUUCUGCAGAAGGACUUGCCUUCAGUAUCCAUUUCUCUUCUUCGAGGGAUGUGGCCUGCAUGGCUAUCUGCUCCUGCCAGUGUCCAGCGGCCAUGGCCUUCUGCUUCCUGGAGACCCUGUGGUGGGAAUUCACAGCUUCCUAUGACACCACCUGCAUUGGCCUAGCCUCCAGGCCAUACGCCUUCCUCGAAUUUGGGAACACCACUGGAGGUGCUGUAACGUGUCACUGGAGAACAGCCUUGUACGAUGAGAUUUCACAGCAGUGGAAGGGGCCUGCAAGCGUGGAGGUUCAACACUCUGGCUUUUCAUCUCUCCAGAGCCUGGGGCAGGGUGGAAGAAUGGCGAAACCUGUAUCUUAUUCUGGAGCAGACGUCAGCAAACUGUGGGCCAAGGACAGCGUCAUUCAGAAAGUGAAGUGGCAUUUUAACUAUGUAAGUUCCACCCAGAUGGAGAGCAGCUUAGAAAAAAUUCAGGAGGAACUCAAGUUCCAGCCUCCAGUGCUUCUCACUCUGGAGGACGCAGAUGUGGCUAACGGGGUGAUGAACGGUCACCCACAGAUGCACUUGGAGCCUGCUCCUAAUUUCCGAAUGGAACCUGUGACAGCCCUGGGCAUCCUCUCUCUUAUUCUCAACAUCAUGUGCGCUGCUCUGAACCUCAUUCGUGGAAUUCACCUCGCAGAACAUUCUUUACAGGUUGCACAAGAAGAAAUUGGAAGUAUUCUGGCUUUUCUUAUUCCUUUUGUAGCCUGCAUUUUCCAGUGUUAUUUGUACCUGUUCUACAGUCCAGCCAGGACGAUGAAGGUGGUGCUGAUGCUGCUUUUUAUUUGCCUGGGCAACAUGUACCUGCAUGGGCUGAGGAACCUCUGGCAAAUCCUCUUCCACAUAGGAGUGGCUUUCCUGUCUUCCUAUCAGAUCCUGACGAGGCAGCCUCAGGAGAAGCAGUCUGACUGUGGAGUGUGAGGAUGACGUCAUGGGCUGAACGGAUCCUUUGAUUUUCUUAUGAGGGUUAUGGGUGUUCCCCUUUUUGCUUCUCGACUUCACCUUAAGUUUCCAUCCUUGAAGUUCCUUUCAGCCAAAGCAGAUUGAUCCCGAGAGCUGAGACUUUUCAUAGGUGCAGUUGAAAGCGUGAGAUUGCUUGACAUCAAGUCCGAGUUUUGUGCUGAGGGUUACUGCAGAAUCUCCAGUUCAGCACGUUUACUUCGGACAGCAGAAUCUGGGGGCUUAUUCAGAAAGAGCAUUCUUGGAAGACCAAAAUGGAAUUAUUUUGGUCUUUUAAAUUGAGUGAUGCAAUAAACCACUAGAUUCAAUAACAGUAGUUUAAAGUAAUUGGCAAUUGUCUCUGAGGAGCCACUUAAAAAUCUGUAUCAGCUUUUCAGUCUAAAUGUGACUUGGUUAGUGUUUUUUUUGAGGGCCAGAAGAGGGUGAAUUAAAAACUUUAAAAAGUGGUUUAUAACUAUAAGAUGGAUAAAUUUUGUUUACAUUUUUUGAUAACUUAGGUCUGAUAUGAUACCUUUAGAAUAUUUAAAUAUAUUUUAGGUAUAAGUUGAACAUGUCUUCACUUAGGGUAAGGACAAACUUAAGCUGAGAACAUGGUUAAGAAAGCUGAAUUUAUUAAAUUUAUAUAUAACCUUUUAUGGUAGUGGGAUUGUAGGGGUAUAGAAAUGUUUUGUAUUUAUUUGCAGGGUAUAUCUGAAUAUUUUUAAAAUUGAGUAACCAGCGCUACCGGAUCAUUAACUUAUAAGCAUGAGCAGAAAUGAGAAUAUCAGGAUUCCUUGCAGUUGGCCACAAACUAGAGUAGGCAAGUCACACAUAUUCAUACGGUGGCACUUUACAGUCACAGGUGGGAGAGGCUGCUGUCAUCAGCCUUUUAGGUGGCGGCCGAAUACCUGUCACUUUAAUCAUGUCAUUUGAUACUUGACCCUGUGUACUUGUUCUCAGAAGAUCUCCCAAAUUAAUUACUCCUCCGCAGCUUUCCCAAUCAUCUUCAUUAGAUUAAGGGCCUCAUUUUUUUAUGAACAAGAGUUAAGUGUGUGUUAACUUUUUUAGAGCUUUAUAGCUUAUAAAGCUUUAUAAUUAACCCUGUGCUCUGAAAAGUUACUUUUCUUUCUCUCAUUGUCAAAAUAUUGACUGAUUGUAGUUUUCCAAAAUUUAGAUCUGAAUAUGAUCCCUCAGGUCUCUAGAAAUUUCAGACUGGGUUGCCCAGUACCAUUCAGGAGGCCAUUUUGGAAGUUUGCCCUUUGGAUUGUUCUUCAUAGAAGUCCGGAAUCUGAAUAGCUCCACCACAAUUGCAUAGAAUACUUUGGGUUGAAUUAUGUGAUCUUGAUAAAUUAAAAAAUCCUAUUUUGGUAGUUUUUAAUAGUCAAAAACUGUUGCAAGGGUUAUUGAGCAGAUGGGGAAAGCAAGGAUGUCAUUUUAGGGAAUUCAGUUGUACUUGGUCAUUACUGGUGGUGAAUUGUUAUUGAGCUACCUUGGUGUCACUUAAAAGUCCAUGUGACUACGAACUGUGUUGGGAAAAUGUUGCCAUGGUAAUUUUAUUUUCUUACAAUAGAAUUUCCUAUUUUUAAUCAAACAAAGUAUCUGGAUAUGAAAGUUAUGCUGGCAACAUCCUCAGAUGUAAACUUCAGAGUUGUCUCUCCACUGAUUUUGCAUCUGCAUAAUUUUCCACAUAGCCAGCAGGUGAAUUUUCAGGCUUUCCGGGACAUAAUUUUGAAGAGAUGGUGAAACAGAAUGGGAAGCUAAGGAGGGGAGACAAAUCUUUUUAUAUUAGAAGCACACACACAAAGCUUUAAAAGUUGAUUAGAACUUUAAAAGCUUUAAAAGUUUGAUUAGCUUACCCAGUGUAUUGUUUUCUUUUUGAGCCCGUGUGCUCUUGGUGUUGCCAUGUAGCCCUGUACCCCGGAUGGUCUGGGGUCUGAGCCUGUGAUCCACAUUCAGCAAGUAGUGAAGAACAGUCCUUGCAGAGGAGACCCUCCUGGUGAAUGCCUCCUGCCCUAGUGGAGAGGUUAUUCACACCUGGUUGAAUGUGGUCUGAAUCCGUUAACAUCUAUAUGGGGUUUGAGAUUUACUUUUGCAAACAAAAGGGAAAAGAUGCAGUCGACAAACGCUGCAAAAUAAUGACCACAUAAGCAUCAUUUAACUGAAAUCCAGCUAAGAGCAGUCUCAGUUCACUGGUGGUAGAAGCUAAUGAUAGGAAAGGCGUUCUGGAGAUUUUAUCCAAGGGAAAUCCCAGGCUCAGGGGUUGACUUGGUUCAGGCCUGGAGUUUCAUAGCCCUGUGUCAUCCUUGAUGCUAGAAAGUUGACCCCCCACGUUACCCUCAGUCCGCCACACACCUCUGUUUUAGCUGUUCUAGCACCUUGAUUUUCUCAGACGUUAACCGAUCUCACAGGGCUGGAUCCUGGGAUAGAUGAAAUAAUGUUGGAAAAACCUUAAAAGUGCCUUCGGGUGUCAGAUGUGGCAAGACCUUGAGCAGCAGUGUGUGAAGUGUCCCAUCUGCUGUAUCUGGGCGGGGAUGUGGCUCAAGGCUCUCUGGCAGGGGCCAAGUCCGAGGGUUCCCAGUCCGCAAGUGUGCUAGUGUGGGAACCACACAGACUCUGCUUUUCUUUCCCCGGGCUAGCCUGACUGUGACAAGGACCAUGCCUGGGUUUCCUGUCCUGGGCGGGGACAGUCAGGCGUAUAUUUGGGUGGGAUUUCCUCUCGGUACUAGAGGCCUCACUGCCCUCAGCGGGAGGAAGGUGACCAUAGGCUCCUGGUUUUGCUUCUCCAGCUGGCACCCCUUUUAUCUGUGAAUCAAGGCCCAAUGUUUUAAAGCUCUUCAAGGGGUGGGGAAAAGGGUAUUGGAAGGAGAGCUGAAAUUAGAAGAACGUUUAGCAUCAUUGCUACCAACCCCCCCUUGAGCUCCCUGUUCUUUUCCUAGGUGCCCCCGUUCAGGUCUCCCCUGCCUCUUUCCACUUCUGCCCCCCACAUUCCAGUCCUGGGGACCGAGGCUGAAACUGGAGUCUCUGGAGGGACGGGGAAGCCCCCUUUCAUCUUAACGGAUAGGGCGGGUCCAGGAGAUUCAGAGAGGGCGUGCAUGGCCCCAAAGCCCAGCCCUCUUCCCUGUGCACCCCCAGGCACACAGCAAGGCUGGCUGUUUGCGGCGCAGGAAGCAGGGCUAGACGAGAAGCGGAGCUGGGGGCCGGCUGGCUGCUGGAAGACAGCAGCUGCCCUUGGCACAUGGGGGCUGCACGCCACACCUUCAUCCAGGGCUGCCGUCUGUUGUUCCUUGAAGGAGUUGGCUGCUCGUUACAUGAAGGACAGGUGGCCCUCAGAAAACAGUGCAGUGCAGGUGAGGACCGGCAGGGAGGGAGGGUUUACGGUGACCAGAUGAGUGCACAGACCCCUGCCCCGACGUCGCUCACAUUCCAAGUGAUUCUACACAGAAUCCUCCCAGGUACGGGGGAACCCUGUCUGUGCUCUGUGAGUGUUAGUAAUGGUGGAAGAAGAGAGAGUAGAUGUGCCCUGGAGAGGUGGGGUGGGAAGGCGCUCCCUGUCAGCUGGCCCGAGGCCUGGAGGUCGGCGUGGCUCUCCCCCUUGGUCCGGCCCCGCAGUGGGUGAGUCGCAGCCGUCGGCCGGGUAUCCUCUGGAAAACGGUGGUCACGUCGGCCGGCCCCCCUGGCGAGCUGUCAGGAGGGUAGAAGCAGUAGUGGAGGGGAUGCUGGGUGACUCCAUUGUUCAUGUGCAGGAGGAGAAAGGCUUUGAGUUGGUUCACCCAACAGGCGGAGGUCCUGCAGACUUCAGGCAAUGCAGCUCGGCACAGCUGUGUCUUCUGGCCUUUACAAAAAAAGCCCUCAUGCUUUCAUUCCAGACAGGUAGCAGCCUCUCUUCCUCCCCCCUGGACCUGCCUCCUGCCUUCCAGGCACGGAGCCUUUGGUUCCAGUGGCAUUGGGUCCUCCAGGAUCCAGGGAGGCUGGUUGGACCAAACCUCAUGGCCUGUUUCUGACCCAGAUGAGGAGAGCUGAUUCUCCCUUCUGGGAGCAGUGAUGUCAAACUUCUGUUGCUGGGGAAACGUCAUUGGCAGAGAACCUGUGGAAAAAGACUUGUCAGUAAAAUCUGGGAAUGGCCGGAUAUGGAAACAUCUGCCCAUGUGUACCGAUGGCAGAGCUGUUGCCCACAAGCGCCUUUCAUUUAGGGUAAAAUUAUCAAAUCCAGUCUAUUCCUCUACCCUGUGCUUGGUACAUAUGACCUUCUUUAACCCUUAUACUUACAUGAUUCUGGGUUGUUUCAGAAGUGUUAUUUAAUGAAUGAUUCAUAUAAUGUGGCCCCAGGAUUCCAUUUUGUUUAGUGGACUUUUUUACCAAGAGCAUUAAAGAUUGAGGCUGAUUUAGCCAGAGAAAACAAUUUCCUUCAUGUAUUCAUUUUGAAUGCUUGCUGCCCAUGUUAUACAAGCUUCUUACUGUUUUCAUGUAAUAACAAAGAUCUAUUUUGAGUAAACGAUGAGUGCAUUUUAACAAACUUUCACACAGUAGUAAAGCCUAAACUUGUGUUAAUGUUGGUAACGAAUGUCGUAUAGCCGUUUAUAUACUAUGUAUAUAUAAAUUAAACGAGGUGGCCUCAGAAGUGGGAGGAGAGUAAAUCUAAGGUGCUUCUCAACCUGUGUGUUUGUAUUUGUGUGAAAACUCCUGAGUUAUGGGUCCAUUUUCCUAGAUGAGGUGAUGUGGGCCUGGCAUAAUGGAGGGGGGUGUGUUGAGAGAAGUGAAAUUCAGGUCCUCUUGUCCAGUGAGGUCUAGACAGGUGCAAGGGCUCAGAUAGUCUUCAGCACUAAUCCCCAGACUCUGGAAUGCAAUCAUGGGUCCAGGAAAGACCUUGGGAAAACCAAAAUAGCAAUUGCCGCACUGCCCUGGGGGCUGGAGGGGGCUGCCUUCUGUGCAGGCUCUGCUUCUGCCCAGCCCUUUCCCUGCUCUGGGCUCUGAGCUCCGGUCUGUAUGUACUCUAAGGGUGACGUCGUUUUCAUUUCCCAGGACGAGCCCUGUCAGGAAACGGCCACCAGGGGGCACAUCAUCAGGUUCCCAGCCCAGGCGACUGUGCUGUUUUGCAGGAUCGUUCCUUUAGCAGCUGAUGAAAUUCCCAGAAAGGAAAAAAAUGCACCAGCCUCUCCUGACGGCACUUUAACCACACUGGGGGAUGCAUGUGCCAAGCUCCUCUUCACUAUCUGUCCUGAGUGAAGAUCUUUCGGAGGAGGGCAAAGACCUCCAAAAUGAGCAUCUGAAUUACUGAGUUCUGGGAUUCGGGCGUUGACAGACCCUUUAGAUACCACUGGGUUCAACCCCCUUGUUGCUCAGGUGAGGAAGUUGAGGUCUGUCCUUGGUAGCCAGUGACGGUGUAGCCCAGAGCUCUGUCCUCUGGGCUGAGACCAAGGUGCCGUCAGCCCACUUGGCGGAACCCACAAAGAAUAAAAAGGGAUCUUGGCCCAUGAAGGAUGCCCUUUCUGUGCCAGGAGGGCUGGGUGCCAGGAGGGCUGAUGAAUUGCCUUCCUUUUUCUUGGACUCUAAUCCCCUGUGGGGUCAGGUAGCAGAAGUGCUGCCUGACAGCUGCCCAGCGUCCUUGGGCAGUGCCAGCGGAGGAGUGAAGGGGCUCAGAGAGAAGGGGCCCACCUGAGUGCGCCUGGCUCUGCUGAGUCAGCUCUAAGACAUCCCCGGAUCGAAUGUGCAGGGCAAAAACUAUUAAGUUCACUGAAGAGCACGACGGAGAGUAUCUGUGACCUGGGGUGAAAAAGUACUUCUUAAACAAAACAUCAUAGGCACGACCCUUAAGGCAAAAUGAUUGAUGAAUCUGAUGACAUACAAAUAAGGAUGUCAUGGGCAAAGUUAAAAGGAUGAGAGAAGAUAUUUACAAUGUCUGAAACCAGUAAGGGAUUAAUAUACAAGCACUUCCUUAAAUCAGCAAGAAAGACAAGCAACUUCAAUAGAAAAAUGAGCAAUUUGCAGAAGAGAAAACCCAGAAAGCUAAUAAGCAUAUGAAGAUGUUUACAAUCAUCAGGAAUACAGAGAAAUACAUAUUAAAACAACCAUAAGACAUCACCUUACGCCUGUGAGUUUGGCAAAAUUUAGAAACCUGGAUGGGAGUAUUGGCGCGAGUGUGGGUAUCUAGGACUUCGUGUACAGCGAAUCUGAACAGCAGUGCUACUGUUAUAAGCUGAACUGUGUUCUCCCCAAAGUCAUAUGUCGAAGUCCUAACCCCCAGUACC